UCCAAUCGGCUUCCGUGAUGCCGGGCUGCGCCCGCCCCUCCCUGGCGCAACGCCGUUGCCACGGCAACCGGCGGGUAGACCAGGCCCGAGCCGCGCCGAUGCCGAAGCUGCCGCUGUCGCCGGUGCCCGAGCAGGAGACCGACGUCGGGGAUCGCCUUCCUAGUCGCGGUACUCCUGCCCCCGCUCGUCUGGGCUCCGGCGGCUCAGCGACUUUUUCAAGGCCCACUGACGAGCCGCAGACUAUACAUGAGGAAAGUGGUCCCUGUUACCCAGAGAAUGCUGGGAACGAUUCUGAAGAGGAGAUGGAGGAGGAGGAGGAGGAGGAGGAAAGGGAUGAAGACUGGGACACAGACCUUGAAAUAGAAGAUUCUAAGACCUCCCAUGAUCCAACAGGAAAAGCCAAAUAUCUCAACACCUGCCGAAUGCACGGCGUUGUUCCUAUCUCGUAUUUUUUACGCCACAUGAAAGAUUCUGAACUGACCCUGAAGCACUACGGCCUUGGACCCAAGGGAGCCAAAGCUCUAGCUCCUUCCUUGGCGAACAACACAUCCAUUGUGAAGUUAAACCUGAGUGACAACUGGCUGGAUGGAGAUGGAGCAGCAGCGGUGGCCGAGAUGUUGAAGGAAAAUUGUUACAUUUCAGAUGUUGAUUUGUCAGAGAACAGGAUUGGAGUGAAAGGGGCGAAGGCUUUGUCCUCCAUGCUUGGGGAGAAUAGGACACUACUAACCCUGAAGCUCUCUGGAAAUGAAUUAGAUGAGCGUGCGGCCAAAUACCUAGCAGAUGCUUUUGUGAUCAACAACAAACUGGAGUCCCUUGAUCUGAGUCAUAACAUGCUUGAAGAGCUGACAGGCGGGGUUCUUGGUGCAGCGAUUGCAGAAAACGUCGGCCUGAAGGAGCUUGAUCUCAGCUGGAACCAUUUCCGGGGCAAAGGAGCAGUUGCUAUUGCCAAAGGCUUAGGGGCCAACAUCUUCCUUCGGGUGCUGGACCUUUCGUACAACGGCUUUGGCAACGGCGGAGCAACUGCCCUGGGUGAGGCCCUGAAAGUCAACAACGUUCUGGAAGAGCUGAACGUUGGGAACAAUCGCAUUUCUCUGGAAGGAGCCCUCUGCCUAGCUUUGGGCCUGAAAGAAAACAAAACCCUCAAGAUCUUCAGCGUGGCCAGGAACCCCAUUCAGAGCGAUGGCUGCAUUGGGAUCCUCAAAGCCCUCCAAGCAAAUCCUAAUGCUGCCUUGGAAGUCCUGGAUUUUUCAGAGAUUGUUGUCAAGCAGGACUUUGCAGGGCUUUGCGAUGGCAUCCAGGUAAUUUUCCCAAGCCUUCAGAUCAAGCACAACUGGACCAGCCGCUCGUUCAAAACAGACCCAUCAAAGGUUUUCUGAGAAGACACCCCAACUAUGGACAGCCCUGGGAGGCUGCUUAUUUUUCCUUCCUUGGCUACCUGUGAAGUGAAGAAGGAGCCCAUUAGGGGACCCUCUGCUCUUCCAUUUGCUGACAAAUAAUGGUGUGUGUGUGUGUGUGUGUGUGUGUGUGUGUGUGUGUGAGAGAGAGAGAGAGAGAGAGAGAGAGAGAGAGAGAGAGAGAGAGAGGCUGUGCUGUUUCUCCCUGUCUUUUAGCAUCUGUUAAAAACACUUUCGUUUAGACAGGCCUACCCAGAUGUUUAGAAGGUCGAUGCGAGUUUUAAUGUGCUUUUGGUCUAUUGCUAUUUUAAAUUUUUGAAAGUUGUAAAUCAUUGCUGUUAAUAUUCCUUAUUCAUAACAUUUUAUCCUCUUUGUAAAUCACUUUGAGGGUUUUGGAGCUCUUGUUUUUUUUAGAAUCAAGAGGUGUAUACGUUUUAUGCAUAAAAAUAAACUCACAGCCAAGGAACAGGAAAAAAAUCUUUAUAUUAAUUGGCUUCUUUGCCACAAGCUGUCGCACAGAGCAGAGUCACAGCAUGACAGGUGAAGGCAGUAGUGGGGAGGGCGAUAUCCCCACUGCUACGAAUCUAGUGAUGGGAGCAAGCAAGCAAAGGUCAGAGCACAGAGCAAAACAGCAGGCGCGCUGCCUGUCUGGGAUUCACCGGCAAACCGGUGAGACAUAUGUGUGACAAAACCCAGCUUCCAGCGUCUCAUAAGCAGCUGCACAACCUCCCUCCAUCUGUGGGUGAGAGCAAGGAGAGACUUUUGCUCUCUGGGCUUCCAUUGCCAGCAGUCUGCAGGAAGAAAACCCUGCCUUCCUUCUCGGGACCUCUCUUGGCCUCUCAGUGUUUUUGCCCUGGCCUCUGAGACAACAGAAGCUGAUGCAUCCAAGAGUCAGCGUGAGCAACAGGUAAGUGAUGCCACCCCGAUGGCGUGUCAGGCACAGCGGCAGUGGAGGUCCCCAGGCAAACUAUUUUAUAUGGGAAAGAUUGGUCCAUGGGAUCUGCUUCUGGGAAAGCCAAAUGCACACAGGAGAACACAGCCUGACAAAGUGGGGCUGGCAGUGGGUCGUGAAGGGCAGUUGUCGUGCUCAGAUUCAUGCUAAGCAGUUGAGCAAAUACUCAGCCGGUUCUUUGGAGAAGGAGGGCAGCUUCACGAGAGCAGGGAGGCCAUUUUGAGAUUCCUAAGUAGCCUGCGGCCUGUGCUGUGGCAGGAGGUUUGGCCCUGAGUUAGUGUGUGACCCGGUGGGUGGCAGUAUAAAAAGUCCUUUUAAGAAGGCUGUGAAAACUUUGCCAGUCUGGUGCCCUCCAGAUGUUUGGGACUAUAACUCCCAUCAGCCUUUGCCAACAUGCAGAGGCAUACAUAGGCUUCCUUGCACCCUUGGCAAUUGGUGUCCCCACCCCUCUCUGAAAAUAAAUACAUGACAUAAUUCAGUAAUCACAAAUGACUCUUAAACCGGGUGUUUUAACAGCACAAUCCUCUAAAUGUCUACUCAAAAGUUAAUCCCACUGAGUUCAAUGGGGCUUACUCCCAGGAAAGUGGGUACACAGGACUCCAGCCUAAAUCUGGCAAGCCAGAGGCAGGAACUUUGGACAACACUUCACUUGCCUUCCUGUUACUUCUGUCAAGGUGCCAGCAGAAAGGCAGUAACUUGGAGUGCACACUUUACUCGGAAACAAGCCCUGUUGAAGUAUCCAGGACCGCUGAGAGGCAUCAGCUGGGGAACCCCCAAGGGAAGAAGGCUCAGGUCCUGGGGAAUGGUGAUGGGACAACAACGAAUGGUCAGAGGGAGAAGACUGGGAAGAGGCAACAGGGCUUGGUGAGAGGAAGAGCCGGUGGCAGAGAGAAGCCCAGAAUCAGAGGCAGAAGCUGAAGUGGGUGACGGGGAGAAGGGAGGCCAAGAGGCAGAGAUGAGUAAGGCUGGUGAAGAGUCACAGGUGUUUCCUCCUCCUGCUGUGAUAAGUUCCCUCCCCACUUUGUCUCCCAGAACCAGAAGAGAGCUGAAACGGGCAGAACAGUGGCAGGCUGCACCCAGGCAUAGUCUCUGGUUGCUUGGAAAAAGCCGUGGAGUGGAGGGGACUUAGACAGCUGUAGGGAGGCAGGGACUUUCAAUCUAUGCAGCUAAUUCAUGGGGCCAGGCCUACUGGGGAUGAGCUGCUAUGCUUAUUAGACCUGACACUUGGCCGACUCUGUGAAAAUUGUGUUUUUGCUGGUAACAAGUUAACUCCGACUUUGCCGGUGCAAUUUACAGCCGGUUGGUUCUUUGACAUUAAGUCAACGGCCCUUGCUUUCUGGGUUAAACCCACAACGACACAUGCCCCAGAAAUUGGUCAAGGCGGGAAAGAAACCAGGGAAAAGCAACUCGCCUGUGCUAAAUGAAGAGCCUCGCCUGACAUUUCUUAGCCACCACAUCAGCUGAAAGUCCAUUCUGGGGGCAUGCAGUGGGAGUGGAGGGUAGGACACAGUGUAGAGAGGACAGAGGGCCAGGCAGGGGUGUUCUCACGGAAAGUCCCACUGCACAAACUAACCGCCAGCGCUGCCAUUCUGACUGGGAAGGAGGCUCUGCAGGGCUGCUGUGAUGGCCUCCAGAUUCCUCUGCCAAGGCACUGAGAGAGAUGCCAUUUUUGUGCCCUCUGUGCCUGUGCAGUUGGCAGGGGCCAACCUGGCCAAUCGCUAGGUAUGCCCCAACCAGCAUGGCUGUGUUGUCUGGGGGCGAUGGUGGUGGUCGUCCAAACCAAGCUGGAAAGCACCACAUUUGAGGGCUGAGCAAGUGUUUUCCUCACUCAAAAUUGAACGAAACAAUGCCAUUCUUCAGAAAGACUUAGGAGUGCAGCCGCUUCCAUGUCUACUCAAAAGCAAAACCCCUCAGAGUUCAGUGAAACGUUCUCCCAGUUAUCUGCUGUGAGUUAUCUGCAGCAAUCCCUAAGUUCUGUGCUAUGGAAUGAAUUAAACACAAACCCGUAAGUUUGUCAUAGAGGAGGCUCCCUGCUGGAUUUGUGCACGAGUCCCUGGCUGUGGCCUUGCCAUGAGCCUCACCAUUAGCUGGUGGGGCUCUCUAAAAUAGGUACAAUCAGAUGGUUUAGCCACUGCUGCUGCAGAAACCUGCCCCGGAAGAGUCUCCGACAUGGAAACAGGGCAGAUAGUCUCCCAAGGAAAGGUAUCUACUUUAUGAACCAGUGGAUUCAAGUCACAAGAAAGGAGAUUUCAACUAAACUUGAAGAAGAACUUUCUGAUGGUAAGAGCUGCUUAAAGGUGGUGGAUUCUCCUUCCUUGGAGGUUUUUAAGCAGAGGUUGAAUGACCAUUUGUCAUGUAUCAUUAGUUGAGAUUCCUGCUUUGCAGGGGGUUGGAUUCAAUGACCCUCAAGGUCCCUUCCAACUCUACCAUUCUAUGAUUUCACCUUUUUGUAUAUAGCCCCUUUCCACUGGAAUAUUUCCAGAAUGAGGAAUGGCCACACACACACUUAACUUUA